UUGGCUAACUGGUAAGCAUUAGUAUUACUAUUUAAAUUGUAUUAUAGAACAAUGUUUAAGUUGAUCGUGAAUAAAGUAAUGUAGAAUCUUGAAAGAUCGGCACUUGGUCAACAUAGUUUAGAGAAUUUUACUUAACUAAGUAUUGAGUUUUGUUUUCUUGGCUUACUUUUCUCUUGGAUACUUGUUCGUUUCUUACAUUAAUCUUAAAGAGAUUGUUCUUAAUUAGAGACACAAGAACGCUCGUGGGGAUGACUAGGUUUGUUUGCUUGGUUUUGUUUGUCAUGCUCUUAAGUUUUACAUAUGCAGCUAUAACGCCAACAAGUCCUUUGUCAAUAGGACAAACUCUCAGCUCCUCUGAUGGUGUUUAUCAACUGGGGUUCUUCAGUCCUAAUAAUACCCAGAAUCAGUAUGUUGGAAUCUGGUUCAAGGGCAUCAUUCCUCGGGUGGUUGUGUGGGUGGCUAAUAGAGAAAAGCCUGUUACAGACUCCACCGCAAAUCUAGCUAUCACCAGCAAGGGAAGUCUUCUCUUAUUUAGUGGCAAAGAUGGCAUUGUCUGGUCCAGUGGAGAGACUUUUGCAUCUAACGGGUCUCAUGCAGAGCUUUCAGACAGUGGAAGUCUUAUUGUCGUAGACAAAGCUUCAGGAAGAAUUCUAUGGCAAAGCUUUGACCAUCUUGGUGAUACUCUUCUACAUUCCUCAUUUCUUAUGUAUAACCUCGUCACCGGUGAGAAGCGGGUUGUGACUUCUUGGAAAAGUUACACAGAUCCAUCACCUGGCGACUUUGUGGGUGAGAUUACACCACAAGUGCCAUCACAAGGGUUUAUUAUGAGAGGCUCGAGGCCUUACUGGAGAAGUGGUCCAUGGGCUAAAACGAGGUUCACUGGGGUACCUCUAAUGGAUGAGUCAUACACAAGUACAUUCAGUCUUCACCAGGAUGUAAAUGGGUCAGGAUACUUGUCUUUUUUUCAAAGAAAAUACAAAAUUUCACGCAUAAUUUUAACACCGGAGGGAUCAAUGAAGAUUUUUCGUUACAAUGGAACGAACUGGGAACUGUACUAUGAGGCUCCAUUAGCCAAUUCAUGCCACAUAUAUGGUGUAUGUGGACCUUUUGGGUUGUGUGUUAGUUCAGUUCCUCCAAAAUGUAAAUGCUUCAAAGGGUUUGUACCUAAAUCCAUUGAAGAAUGGGAAAGAGGAAACUGGACGAGUGGUUGUGUGAGGCGAACCGAGCUACUUUGUCAAGGAAACUCUACCGGUGAAGAUGUAAAUGUCUUCCAUCCUGUUGCCAACAUAAAGCCUCCAGAUAGUUACGAAUUUGCAAAUUCCCUGAAUGCUGAAGAAUGCUACCAAAGUUGCUUCCACAAUUGUUCAUGCUUGGCCUUUUCUUAUAUUAGUGGAAUUGGGUGCUUAGUAUGGAACCAUGACUUAAUGGACGCAGUGCAGUUUUUUGCAGGAGGAGAGCUUCUUUCCAUUCGUCUUGCACGUUCUGAGCUAGAUGGAAAUAAGCUCAAGAAGACAAUAGUUGCUAGUACUGUGAGCCUUACCCUUUUUGUGAUUUUGGGCUUGGCUUCGUUUGGUUUCUGGCGAUGCAGACUGGAAGAUAAUGCUCAUAUAUUAAAAGAUGCUUGGAGGAACGAGUUUAAACCACAAGAUGUCCCAGGUUUAGAUUUUUUUGAGAUGAAUACCAUACAAACUGCCACCAAUAAUUUCAGUCUGUCAAACAAACUCGGACAAGGUGGAUUUGGUUCUGUAUACAAGGGAAAACUGCAAGAUGGAAAAGAAAUCGCUGUAAAACGGCUUUCCAGCAGCUCAGGGCAGGGCAAAGAGGAAUUCAUGAAUGAAAUAGUACUCAUCUCAAAACUACAACACAGAAACUUAGUUCGGAUAUUGGGAUGUUGCAUUGAAGGAGAAGAGAGGCUAUUGAUUUAUGAGUUCAUGGUGAACAAAAGCCUUGAUACUUUUAUCUUCGAUUCAAGAAGAAAGCUUGAGAUUGAGUGGCCUAAGAGAUUCAGUAUCAUCCAAGGUAUUGCACGUGGACUUCUCUAUCUCCACCGUGAGUCACGCCUCAAGGUCAUUCACCGAGACCUGAAGGUGAGUAAUAUUCUUAUGGAUGAGAAGAUGAACCCAAAAAUAUCAGAUUUUGGAUUGGCUAGGAUGUAUCAGGGAACCGAACAUGAGGAAAAUACUCACAGGGUUGCAGGAACUUUAGGAUAUAUGGCACCUGAGUAUGCAUGGACAGGGAUGUUCUCUGAGAAAUCCGAUAUCUACAGCUUCGGAGUUCUGUUGUUAGAAAUCAUCAGUGGGGAAAAGAUCUCAAGAUUCGGUUAUGGCGAAGAAGGCAGAAACCUUCUUACAUACGCGUGGGAAACUUGGGGUGAAAAUGGAGGAACUGAUCUCUUGGACCAAGGCGUUGCGUAUUCAUGUCGCCCGUUAGAAGUUGAGAGAUGUGUUCAUAUUGGUUUGCUCUGCGUUCAACACCAACCUGCCGAUAGACCCAACACACUUGAGUUACUGUCUAUGCUCACUACAACAUCAGAUCUUCCAUCACCAAAACAACCCACAUUUGUAGCGCAGACGAGAAACAAAGAAUUCAUGGCUAUGGGUUUGACCACCGUCAGUAAGAUGACAGAUUCUGUAAUCCUUGGGCGUUAAGAAACGAUGACAAGUUCUGAGGUUACUCAUCCUUCUUGAAAACAUUUCCAGAUAAAUAAAAAUAUCGUUUGAUGCCUUCUGGGUCUGAAUGCUUUGAUACCUAUCACUUGUAACCACUAUCUCUCAAAAGCUUAUAAGCUUCGCUCUAACGGUGGUUUGUCUCCUUCACAUUUUCUUCUAUACUCCUGUGUGAUUCUUUUUAACUGAAUCGUGAUAUAUUC